CGUCAACAACAACAACAGUGGGAAAAUCCGGACGUGGUUGAUGUGGUUGCACAGAGGCAUGGCUGUGCUGCUUGUUGUCGCGCUGUCGCUGCUGCUGCCCGUCGGCGCGGGAGAAGCCAGCAAUGAUGUGCAAGGAGUGGACGCUGCGACCUGGGCAACGCCGCCAGUGCACCACGAGCCCCUCUACUCUUCAAGGUGCAACAUUCCAAAGCUGUACACAAAGGAGGAGUGGGAGGCGUAUCAGGCGCAAGGACGCACAGAUCCCGUCAUCUUGGUCGGCUUCAAGGACAACUCUUACUUCCAAUCCGUGUGCACGAAGCAGAACCUCCUGCAGCAGUAUGGCAACACAUCCGUUGUCCUCAGCUCUGCCAACACUCACAGCUACAAGAAGAACACGCUUGUCUUUCGGGAAUACUUGGAACACCUCGUGCGACCACGAACAAUGGACGAUGUCGCAGGCGACACGUGGUACUUCUUUGGAAACAACGAUUACGACAAGAGUUGGACCAACUUUACACAGCACUACCAUCGACCAGACUACACAUACACCAGGGAGCCUUUCUUCAGCUUUGGCAUUGGCGGCAGCGGCUCCGGUGUCCCCUUUCACACACACGGCGCAGUGUUUGCGGAAGUGUUACAUGGCGCCAAGCGCUGGUUCCUGGCGCCGCCUGAGGUCACGCCACGGUUCAGCCCUGACGAGACAUCAUAUCGCUGGCUGCAUCUCGUGUGGCCCACCUACUCUCAGCAGGAGAAGGACUUGAUCCUCGAGUGCACCCUAUACCCCAACGAGGUGCUGUGGAUCGAUGCGCAAUGGUGGCACAUGACCCUCAACAUUGGAGACACCGUCUUCAUCUCCACCUUCAUCUAGGAGCUCGCACACCAACCACCACCACACAUCCUUCCCUUUCAUUGCCUUGUUUUGUGCCGCCAAAUUUGAAAAAACACCAACAACCAGCAACGGUCAACAAC